AUGUCGUCGACUGGAGAAUGUUUCGACAUUGGUAGAGCUACACGACAGGCUCUACAUGAAUUUGAGCGUCGACAACAAACAUUUGCUAAGGAACACGACAUUUCUCUUGAUGAAAUCGAUCAUAUUAAUGACUCAAGUUUACUGAAAAACUUCGAUACGAAUUGUGGCAGUAACCGAGAAGCUGGUAAUGGGGCGCUCAUGCGCCUCGCGCCUGUACCACUUUUUUUCUACCGAGAUCCCGAAAAGGCUGUUCAUUAUUCGGGUGAAAGUUGCAGAAUCACGCACGGAAAUGAGAAAGCUUACGACGCAUGUCGAUACUAUGGAGCUCUGAUUGCAGCGGCUGUUCGUGGCGAGUCAAAAGAGGCAUUAAUGAGCCCAGAAUUUUAUGACAAGCACAGACAAUGGUUUGGAAAGGAACCGCUUCACGAUGAUGUUGAAGUAGUUGCUAAAGGGUCUUAUCGCAAGAUGGGAGGUUAUGAUGAUGGUAUUCGUGGAAAAGGUUACAUUGUUGCAGCACUAGAAGCCGCCUUGUGGGCAUUUUGGGCCGAUGAAAAUUCAUUUGAAAAAGGUGCUUUACUUGCUGUUAAUCUUGGUGAUGAUACUGACACAACGGCUACCAUCUAUGGCCAAUUGGCAGGCGCAUGCUAUGGCUACAAUGCCCUGCCUAAAAACUGGGUUCAUCAAGUUUAUGCUAAAAGAUUUAUCGAAUAUUUGAGCAAGUGGAUUGUCCAUGGGGGAGAUUCUUUUUCUAAAUCGAUACCAUAA